CCGCGCGGCCACUCCCAGAAGUCUCCGGGGCUCGGGCCGGUCGGGUCGCUUUGCUUCGGGGCUUUCGCGACCCUCCGCUCUGUGCCUCACGGUGACCGGGGCGGUGUUGCUUGUUGGGCGCCGCGCGUGAGUGGCCCCGUGUGAAGAAGACGUCCUCAUGAGUCGCCGCGGAAAAGGCUGUGCGGACGUAGCGAGGAGCCCGCGUGGACUGCCAGUGGAGUAAACUCUACACCCAACCUGGAGCUUGAACUCAUACCUGAGAUCAAGAGGGCAUACUCUUAUCAACUGAGCCAGCCAGGUUUGGGUUUUCUAGACUCUACUUUUCUGGUAGAGGAACACAGAGGAUCAGUCACCUCUUGCAGAUCUAAAACAAUGGCUCAUGGAUCAUUAACAUUCAGUGAUGUGGCCAUAGGCUUCUCUCAGCAGGAGUGGGAAUGUCUUGACCCUGUUCAGAAGUCUUUGUACCGAGAUGUAAUGAUGGAGAACUAUGGUAACUUGGUCUCACUGGGCUAUUCCAUUUCUAAGCCAGAUGUAAUUACCUUAUUGGAGCAAGGAAAAGAACCCUGGAUGGUUCUAAGGGAAGAAACCAAAAGAUGGGAUACAGAUUUGGAAUCAAGAUAUGAAAUAAUCUGCUAUGGAAAAAUGUACAUUUAUACAAAACAUUCAUCCCUUAGCCUGCAUUCCAGAAAUUAUAAUGAAGAGAAACCAUGUGAAUGUAAGGAAUGUGGGAAGGCCUUUUGUUGUCAUACAGACCUUAGAGUACAUCAAAUAAUUCAUACUGGUAAAAAACCGUAUGAAUGUAAGGAAUGUGGCAAAGCCUUUAGUCGUCUUACAGACUUUAGAAUACAUAAGAGAAUUCAUACUGGUAAGAAACCCUAUGAAUGUGAAGAUUGUGGGAAGGCAUUUAGUGAUGUUGGGACAUUUAGAAUACACCAGAGAAUUCAUACUGGUGAGAAACCCUAUGAAUGUAAGCAAUGUGGCAAAGCCUUUAGUCAAGCCUCAACCCUUAUGCUACAUGACAGAAUUCAUACUGGUGAAAAACCCUUUGCAUGUAAAAAUUGUGGGAAGGCCUUUCGUCAGGCCUCACAUCUUGUUAGACAUGAGAGAAUUCAUACAGGUGAGAAACCUUAUGAAUGUAAGGAAUGUGGCAAAUCCUUUAGUCGUCUUACAGAUCUUAGAAUACAUAAGAGAAUUCAUACUGGUAAGAAACCCUAUGAAUGUGAAGAUUGUAGGAAGGCCUUUAGUGAUGUUGGGACACUUAGAAUACACCAGAGAAUUCAUACUGGUGAGAAACCCUAUGAAUGUAAGCAGUGUGGCAAAACCUUUAGUCAAGCCUCAAACCUUAUACAACACGACAGAAUUCAUACUGGUGAAAAACCCUUUGCAUGUAAAAAUUGUGGGAAGGCCUUUAGUCAGGCCUCACAUCUUGUUAGACAUGAGAGAAUUCAUACAGGUGAAAAACCUUAUGAAUGUAAAUUGUGUGAUAAGGCUUUUAGGAGCAGUUAUCAACUUACUAUACAUCAUAGAUUUCAUACUGGUGAGAAACCCUAUGUGUGUAAGGAAUGUGGCAAAGCCUUUAGUCGUCCUACAGACCUUAGAGUACAUAAAAGAAUUCAUACUGGUGAGAAACCCUAUGAAUGUGAAGAAUGUGGGAAGACCUUUCGUCGUGCCUCAAACCUUGCUCAACAUGGAAGAGUUCAUAUUGGUGAGAAAUCCUAUGUAUGCAAGGAAUGUGAGAAGGCCUUUAGUGAUGUUGGGACACUUAGAAUACACCAGAGAAUUCAUACUGGUGAGAAACCCUAUGAGUGUAAGGAAUGUGGCAAAGCCUUUAGUCGUCGUACAGACCUUAGAGUACAUAAGGGAAUUCAUACUGGUGAGAAACCCUAUGAAUGUAAGCAGUGUGGCAAAACCUUUAGUCAAGCCUCAAACCUUAUGCAACAUGACAGAAUUCAUACUGGUGAAAAACCCUUUGCAUGUAAAAAUUGUGGGAAGGCCUUUAGUCAGGCCUCACAUCUUGUUAGACAUGAGAGAAUUCAUACAGGUGAGAAACCUUAUGAAUGUAAAUUGUGUGAUAAGGCUUUUAGGAGCAGCCAUCAACUUACUAUACAUCAUAGAUUUCAUACUGGUGAGAAACCUUAUGUGUGUAAGGAAUGUGGCAAAGCCUUUAUUCGUUUUACAGACCUUAGAGUACAUAAAAGAAUUCAUACUGGUGAGAAACCCUAUGAAUGUGAAGAAUGUGGGAAGGCCUUUAGUCGUGCCUCAAACCUUGCUCAACAUGGAAGAGUUCAUACUGGUGAGAAAUCCUAUGUAUGUAAGGAAUGUGAGAAGGCCUUUAGUGAUGUUGGGACACUUAGAAUACACCAGAGAAUUCAUACUGGUGAGAAACCCUAUGAAUGUAAGCAGUGUGGCAAAACCUUUAGUCAAGCCUCAAACCUUAUACAACAUGACAGAAUUCAUACUGGUGAAAAACCCUUUGCAUGUAAAAAUUGUGGGAAGGCCUUUAGUCAGGCCUCACAUCUUGUUAGACAUGAGAGAAUUCAUACAGGUGAAAAACCUUAUGAAUGUAAAUUGUGUGAUAAGGCUUUUAGGAGCAGCCAUCAACUUACUAUACAUCAUAGAUUUCAUACUGGUGAGAAACCCUAUGAGUGUAAGGAAUGUGGGAAGGCUUUUAGUGAAUACGGACGGCUUACUCGUCAUCAGAGUAUUCACAGUGGUAAGAAACCAUUUGAAUGUAAUAAAUGUAGGAAGUCCUUUAGACUAAUUUCAAACUUCAAAGUACAUCAGAGUAUUCAUACUGGUGAGAAACCCUUUGAAUGUAACUAAUCUGAAAAGUCCUUUAGGCUUAGUUCAAUGCUUAAAGUACAAACAAUGUGAGAAGGCUUUUACAUAUGGUUCAAUUCUUAUAAGGUAUAAAUAAUUUAUAUUGAUAUAAACUGCCUAGAAUUUAAAUAAUCCUUGAAAUUUUUCAGUUAUGACCCCAGUGUUGUUCAUAUUCAGAGAAUUUGUAUUGUACUUUAUAUAAGAAAGUCUUAUGGCAUUCCUCUAUGAUUCACUAUUGACCAGGAGGCUAGGCUGUCUGCAGAUAAGUAGCACUCAGGGAAGAGACUACUGUGUGACUUGAGGUCAUGGAGAACAGCAAACACCAGGAUCAAGUAAUAAAAUGUUCACUUAGAGGAAGAAAGGAGAUAGAGUACAUAGGAUCUAGCUUUUUAUAAUAGUAUGUCAGUAACCCAUGGCCAGCAAAUCAACUCCACAUUUGAUAGGAGCAGUGUACCUGCACAUAGUAACACACUUUGUGCUACACAGCAGAUCAGCAACCCCUUGCCCAAGGGAUUUGAUAUCCAGAAAACUGGGAGCAUCCCUGAGGGUCCUUGACAUCUGUGAUUAAGCAGAACUAAGGAGUACACAUUGAGUCUGACACAGGAAAAGAUAUUUCCACAGAAGGCAAUAAGCCCAGUAGAUGGCAGAGGCUAUGAGGGCUCUUGAUCUUUUGGUAAGGAAGUGUUAUAGGCCCAAUAUGACCACUCUUUUUCUGUUAACCAGCUUUACUGAAAGUAUAGUUGACAAAACUAUAAACUUAAGUUUUACAAGUGAUGCUCAGGGCGAAGUUUAUAGCUAUAAGAGUUUAUAUUUAAAAAUAACAACCUAGGGGAUCCCUGGGUGGCUCAGCGGUUUAGCGCCUGCCUUCAGCCCAGGACGUGGUCCUGGGGUCCCGGGAUCGAGUCCCACAUCGGGCUCCCUGCAUGGAGCCUGCUUCUCCCUCUGCCUAUGUCUCUGCCUCUCUCUCUCCUUCUCUGUGUCUCUCAUGAAUAAAUAAAAUCUUUAAAAAAUUAAAAAUUUAAAAAAUUUAAAAAAUAAAAAUAACAACCUAACUCAAAUCAACAACUUAAUUUUACAACUUAAGGAAAUAGAAAAAAGGACAAACUAAGGGCAAAGCUAGCAGAAAGAAGGAAAUAAUAAAGAUUAGGACAAUUAAGUGAAGUGAAAUAGAGUUAACAGUAGAGAAAAUCUUGAAGCCAAAAAUUGUUUCUUUAAAAAGAUCAACAAAGUAGAUAAACUUAUCUAGAUGGAUUAAGAAAAAAAUUCAAAUUGCUAAAACUAGAAAUGAAGUGAGGACAUUACUACGGACUCUGCAGAAAUACAAGGAUUAUUGGAGAGUACUCUAAACAAUUAUAUGCCAAAUAAUUAGAUAGCCAAGACUUAAUCAUAAAGAAAUAGAAAAUCUGGGUAGACUCAUAACUAGUGUAUAGCUAGUAAGGAAAUUGACUCAGUAAUAAAAAAAUCUCCCAACAAAGAAAGACCUAGACCUGAUGGAUUCAUUAGCAAAUCAAACCAAAUAUUGGAAGAAUUAAUACAAAUCUCUCUUAGAUUUUUCUAACAAAUGAAAGAAGAGGGAAUGUUUCCUAACUUAGUCUAUGAGGCCAGUAUAACCCUGUUACCAAAGCCAGUCAAAAGCACUAGAAGAAACAGGACUACAGAACAGUAUCCCUUUUGAACAUUGGUGCAGAAAUCUUCAGCAAAAUACUAAACAACAGUUCAGUAUAUUAAGAUUGUAUACGAUGAACAAACAGGAUUUAUUCCUGGAAUGCAAGGAUGGUUUAACAUAAGAAAAUUGACCAAUGUAAUAUGUCUUGUCAAGAAAAUGAAGAGAAGAAAAAAAAAUGAAGAGAAAAACCCAUAUGAUCAUCUCAGUUGAUGUGGAAAAAAGCAUUUGACAAAAUUCAAUACCCUUUUGUGAAAAAAAAAUUUUAACAAACAUAGGAAUAAAGAGAAACUAUCUCCACAUAAUAAAAGCUGUAUAUGAAGAAAAGAGAUAUCCAGAUGGUCCAAAAACAUGAGAAUGUGCUCACCCUCAUGAGUUAUCAGAGAAAGAAAUAUUGAAACCAUAAAAUAAUACCCCCCCCCCCAACACACACACACCUGCCGAAAUGGCCAAAUAUCUUAUAGUACCAGGUGUUAUUUGCUAGACUGUGGAGCAAUCAGAACUUUUAUGUGUGUUGGUGAAAAUAUAGUUUGGUACAUCCAGUUUGGGAAACUUGCAAUGUCCACUAAAGGUAAGCAUAUACAUGCCCAAUGACACAGAAGUUCCAUUUCUAUUUACUUGCCAAGCAGAAAUGUAUACAUGUGUUCACCCUGACAUGAGCAAGGAAGUUCCUAGCAGUAUAACGGAUACAUAAGAAGUGGUACAUUCAUGUGAUUGGAGACUAUACAGCAAUGAAAAAGUUGCAUUGCUAGACACAGAAACGUGUUGGAACCUGACAAACAUAACAUUGAGAGGAAAAAAGCCAGACAUAAAAGAAAAUGCUCUAUAAUUGUUAAAACCUUACAAACAGGCCAUACUAAUCUGUGUUGGCAGAGGUUGGAAUACUGACUACCCCUGUGGGAUAGGGAUUAGUGACAAGAGGAUACAAGCCAUGUAGGUAUUUUUCUAUUUAUUGAUCUGGGUGAGUGUAUACAUUUAUUGUUUAUAUAAUUGUGAUUUGUUCAUUUUUCUGUAUAUUAUACCUCAAAAUAAUUUAAAAAAUAAAGAUGUACAUGAUGAUUUUGGUAUAGACUGUGAAAUGAUAACCACAAUAAAAUAACAUAUAUAUAUA